UUCACCGUCAAUCCACCCAGGACUGCCACUCCAGGAUUUGGAUUCUGUAUCAACUCUGCCGGUGCCACCAUCUUCGGGCUGCCUCAUAGCAGCCAAGCUUUAGAGAUCUCACGGGAUACUCCUGGCCAUAAAUAUGCAAAACCCCAGACGCUCACAUUCGGGAUCUAGCUCCCGCACCCACAGUUCCCUUGGACAAACCCCCAGGACCAUGCCGAUGAUGCACCCGGAUUUCCUGGAUUAUCCAAAUUCUACCCUACCUGAAUCCAAUGGCUCCCGGUUUUCAUUGUCCUCAUCAUCUUACCGUUCUCGUCAGGACAACGACUCUGACAGUUUCUUGUUCGAAGGACCCGGCAGUCGUGACUUUGGACUCUUCACUUCAGAGCCAUCAACUAUGAGUUAUGCUCCCAUUCAUGUCUCGACUGACGCUUCCGGCGCACCGCUGUUCUCCACCGUUGAUGCGUAUGUAUCGGAACCAGCGUUUGAUUUUAUGACCUCGACAGGCCACCAAUGGAGCGAGAUUGAUCCCAGCAAUCUCAGCCUCGGACCAACUUUCCAGGAUGCUGUAUUAGAUCAAGACGUAAUGCCUCCAUAUGUGGAUAUGUCGACUUACACUCCACCAUCCGUGUACAGCUCGCACUUUGGAGACUCUGUCAGCUGGCCUGGCCUCCAUCCGCGACCAUUUACACCACCUUCUGAGCUUGAGCUUGAGCUUCAGCGGAGCCUAAUGACCUUUUGCAAUGAACAAGAUGAUCCCGCAACCACGGACCAGGACUCGCUCAACCGUGACACCAGUGGAAUGCCUGGUUUGCUUGCCCGUCGAGCGGACUCAUACUCACCCCGCACAACCGCUGUUGGAGACCUGGAUCGCGUUAACAGCGUCAGCCCAAAGAGCACCAUCCAACCAAGACCAAUCCGAUGUGCUUCUGAAAGGACCGAUUACCUGAAAGCAGACCACCCCAUUGUUGACCCCAAGACGACCUCGGAGGAAACAGGCGACCUUUCCAAAGCUAGGAGUCAUGCAUUCUAUGAGGCCAAGGUCCAAGCAGACGGAAAAUACCACUGCCCAUUCUCUCGAGCGGAGGGAGACAAGAAAUGCAGUCACCCACCGACACAGCAAAAGUGCAUCUACAACAAAUACCUAGAUUCCCACCUGAGGCCUUAUCGUUGCCGGCUCGCCGACAAGGGAGACUGUGACGACACCCAAUUCUCGUCUGCCGCAUGUCUCUUUCGCCAUGAGAGGGAAGCCCACGGACUCUGGAACCACGGCAUGAACCCUUUUCUUUGCAAAUUUGCCGGUUGUGAGCGUGCCCGGGAGGGGAACGGAUUCCCUCGAAAAUGGAACCGUCGUGAUCACAUGAAACGUGUGCACGAAUACACCGAAGUUGACUCGCCCAAGGAUACCACUGGCACCAUGGAAACCAAGAGACGGAGGGGAUCCGGAGUCCCUACCUCUACUCCUAUGAAGAGAUCCGACUCUUCCACCAAGUCCAAGUCGCGCGCCCUGGCCGGAGCAGCUUUGCACGCGGAUCUGACAGGAUACGUGCCCUCACGAGGGCAGUCUUCCCGGACAAGUCAUGAUGUUUCCGCAACCCGUGCACUGCCCAAUGGUCAGUAUGCUCCUGCAGGAAACACAAAUCCCCGGACAUCCAGGAAUGCCCAACCAUAUCCCAGGAUGUAUUCACAUUAGUUUGAUUUUUUGAAACUUGUCAAUGCAUGAAAGCUUUCAGCCAGUCUUGUAUUAUGUCUUAACAAUCCCAAAGGAAUUUUCCCAGCAAUUGUGCAAGAUUGUACAUCCAUAUGGACCCCGCCAGAGGAGCUAGACCGGCACCAUUUCCAUGGCCAGUAGCAUCUACGCGCAGCAGAAUCAGUAAUUCCAUCAGGGCGAACACCGCCCUGGCUCUUCCCUUGUCGUCAAUCGGAAUCGUUGUUGGGGACAUCUUGACCUUAGAUGUGAUCCAUUUCCGAGACAGGCAGCUGGGACAUUUUUCUAAGGAAGGCGCUGUAUGAAACAAUCAUCCCGCAAUAUCUCCCAGGGUCAGGCCACUUUUUGUACGGAACAAUCCCAGGAUGUUUCCUUCUGGACGGAGCAAAAUCUCGUAGGAACGUUCGCUAUUCAGCACAGAAUAAUUGUCAGCAUAUUCACUCAUGCCGAGUCCUCGGAGAGUGGGACACUGAACAUAAUGAUGAAUGACAUAUAGACAUAUACAUAGAGCGCGUGCAAAAGGCUUUUGAAUACGAAAUGGUUUCG